CUUUGAACCAAUCACAGAAGCGAGUCGGAGGAUUCUGCAGUCGUGCGCAUGCUCAGUGUAAGCGCGGGAUUGUGAACAGCUGUAAGCGGAGCGUUGGCGUCAGCAGUGUGAUGGAGGAUGAUUUCAGUCCGUCUCUCACUCCACCCAUCUCCCCGUUCAUGCCGGAGGAUGUGUGUGAGCCGAUCACACGUCCGCCCUGCUUCACCUGUGUGUACGAAGCAGGAAGAGAGGAUACACACGCUCUGUCUUCUGACGGCUACGUCAGCAGAGGAGUUCUAAAGAGGUUGCUGUUGAAGUUGGACCCGUUUCCUGCGUGCUUUGAAACAGAUACUGUAGAUAUUUUUGGCUUCUCCUGGGUGACUGAGACAGCGCUGGUGGAGUCCACUAAACUUCUGUUUGGCUUGUUCAGACAAAAAGUGUUCCGACUGGAAACUCUGGUGCAGUCCAGCUCUCAUGAUUUCGGUCAGGCGAGUGGUCUUCAUUACGAAGCAGAAGAGCUGAGACAGCAGUGUGUGCUCUUUCUCAGCUACAUCAAGGUCUUCAUUCACAGGUUCCUGGAUGUUUCUCAGCCUAUGGAUGAAGGCUUUGUUCACCCGUACUCUGAGCUGGAGGCAAAAUUUCCCUCCUCUUUAGUGGAGGAGCUGUUCGGCAUCACGCUGCUUAUUGGUCGCCUCAAAGACCUGCCCGCUAAUGUCCAGAGCGCACUGACCAUCCACCACCAGGGAAAGCUUUUCCCUCCAUCCUGGCAUUUACUGCACCUGCACCUUGACGUUCACUGGGCUGUGCUGGAGAUACUGCACCUUCUAGGACAGAAGACGAUGGGUCAGGUGGUGUACGCGCACCAGUUUGUGGACUUAACUGGAGAAACUUUAACCAACAUCAGCCUUUUUGAAGACCAUCUGAAAAACCUGCUGUGUGACCUCAUCGGCCUGGCCAUGAACAAAUACAACAAGGUGAGACCGACUGAGGCAUUAACCAGCCAUCAUUUUUACUGCAUCUGCACCAAAGAACUGUGGAUCCUCCUCAUACAUCUGCUGGAACAUCGGAGUAAAACACUACACUCACAGUCGUUUUGGGGCUAUCUGAACGCACUGCUGCAAGCUGUACUGAAGGGGGCGCCGUCAGGUGACACAGGGCUGCCGACACACUGUAAAGAUCCCCUGGGGUUCACCUGGUGGUUCCUUACGCACAUCGCCCAGCUUGGCAUGCACAGCCGCAACGGAUCACUGCAGAGUGAGAAACAGAUGGAGGACAACUGGAGCUUUGUAUUGGAGCUGCUGAAAUCCAGCUGUGAUUUGAAGGCUGCCUUGCAGGAGGAGCAGGUGCGCAUGCAUGUGCACUGCUGUCUCUCUCUCAGUCUGCUGUGGGGAACCAACACUAGUGCUGUUAACACGCUAUGGGAAUACUACAGCAAAAACCUGAACGGAUCGUUCUCUGUGCCGUGGCUGGGUGUUUCUGGUUUGGGCAGCAUUAGCCCCACCCCCCUUACCCUGCUGGAACAAGCCAAAAACUGCUGCAGCCCCGACCCCGUGACCUCCGCCAGCCACCUCCAGCUCUACCGCUCUGCCAACUCCUUCCUCAUCUUCCUGCGGAUGCUGGCGUUACACCUGAACCAGGACAGUGCACCUGGAGCACCAUGGAGGCAGAUCAAGGGCAGGAUCUACUCCAAGUUCCACGCCCGUCGCAUGGCAGAGUUGUCUGACUCAGGCUUGCAUCACUUCCUGUUACUGUUCCUGGUGCUGGCGCGCUGCGGUGACCUGGAAGAUGCGGCCGGCAGGGCAAGUGACCUGCUGACCCUGCUGGUGCCCGGCUCGGUGUCCCCAACCCUGUGUGCCCUGCAGUGGCGCGGGCAGCUGGCACUCCUGCUGCUGUUCGGUGGGCAUGGCCUGGACCUGGCCCCGCUGGCAUCCAAGCUCUCGUCCUCCUUCACCAACGCCGCCCGCGAGUUCUACCUGAAGACCACAGAGCCGGCCCGCCGGGCAGCGCUGUGGCAGCCUCUGUCUGCGUACCUGGAGGGCGCGGCGGAGCUGUGGCAGACCAGCACCACCCUGUGCCAGUCUGAGGAGGCUCUGCUUGGAGAAGGCUUUGGCCUGCUGCUGCCAGCCUGCCGUACCUCAGAGCUGAACACGGCACUGAGCUUCCUGUUGACUGCACUGACACAGCUAAGGAGUGUGCAGCAGCGGUUUAAGCAGCUUGGUCCCUCUGACUGCCCCAGUUGGGCUCCUCCUCCCAGUGUGGUUAAAGAGCGCCACCUAGCGGUAGCCGUGGCUCUGUGGACUCAUUUCUUCCCGUUUCUGCGCAGCUUGAGGCUCUCUCAGACCCCCCCGCCACAGCUGGCUGACGCAGCCACAGGUUUCACUCUGUUGGCACUGGACAUGCCCAACUCCGCCCCCCAAGACCUUCAGCCACACCCACUCCAGUCUGUAAUGAACAGCUUCGGCUGGGAUGAAAUGCUCUGCCCCCUGCUGGUGACUCGCUACCUCAGCAACCUGCUGCAGAAUGGGGAGCUGGUGGGCUGGAUGGGGUCUGGUUCCGGUUCCGGUUCCGCUCAGGCUCUGUGUGUGAGAGCAUGGAUUCGCUGUGUUUUACAGCAGCAUCUACACAAAACCCCUGACAACAGCAGAGCAGGUAAGGUGCUGGAUGAGCAGUUAGCUGAGUUAACCAGGCUGGUGCUGCGGCUUCCAGAGGUUGAUUCCCUGCUGCAGAGAGCGAGUCUCCAGGCCCCCACUGCAGGAAAGCAUGAGCCUAAACCUGCACUGGCACUGUUCAUCAAAUCAAUAGGUCGUGUGUAUUCCAGUCUGCAGCUGCUGUCCGAGCGCUCCUCUCUGGUGUGUAAAGCGCUGGAGUACUUGGGUGACGUGCUGAAGUUUAUUAAACCCUACCUGCUGAACCGCAGCUCGGAUGGACUCCACCUCACCUACUGGACACUUGGCUGUGUGGUGAAGCAGUGGAGCCCCCUGCUGGCCACAACCAAAGGGCAGCCACUGCUGCUGCGUAUAGUUGACGUCUUGCUCCUACCUCGUUCACUGCUGCAGCAGGACAAAGCCCCGUCCACACAGGACAAGACCCCGCCCACUCAGGUGCUUUCUGCCCUAAAGGAAACGCUCCCGCUGUAUCUGCAGGGUCUCUCUAUAGCUGCGAGUGUGUCUCAGACACAGGGUGUGUAUCUGAGGCAGCAGCUGCGCAAUGUCAUAGUCCAAUACCUGAGCCGCUUUCUCCCAGCCACGCCCACCGCAGGAGCUGUGGCCAAUCACCCCGUGCUCUUGUCUGGUUGUGAGGCCACACCCAGCCCACGAGGGGCAGUGCUAAGGAAGACUAUCAUGCUGGUGCUGAGGGAUAAUUUCCUGCAGUUUAAAGGCCACGCCCCUCCUCCUCGACUGGCUGCAGUGCUGUCUUUCCAGCUGGAGCUGCUGAGAAGAAAUAAUGACUCUGAUCCCGACCUCCUAACCGUAACUCUCCCACCGGUGCUGCGCUGUCUGAUGCUUGUCAACGAGCCACAGGUAAAGAGGCUGAGUGCAGACUGUCUGCAGCUGAUGGUGGAGAGAUGUUUGUGUGCAGCUGGAGAUCAGCCGUGUGAGCAGCUCAUCAAUGUUUUCCGGACGUUUGUGGAGGAGAAUGAAGGUGUGUAUGAGCUGCAGGUGUACAGUGUGCUGGAGACCGUAGCCAUCCUCAGUCCGUCCACGGUGUCCACUCUGAUUCCAGAUCUGUCUCGCUGUAUGAGAAACACAGAGCAGAAACGAGGACUCGGCAGGAAUAUCUCUCUCAGGAAUGGCUAUAAGUCUCUCUUGGCGCUUUUGGGAGAAGCAGGUCAGGCUGAGUUGGUCAGUCUGGAGGCAGAUUGAUUACUCUGACCUGUGUUCAUCACUGCUGUCCUGAAUGUAAAUACUGUAUAUUAUGUGUUGAAAGUCAUUUCUGUGUUUUGUAUCUGAAUAUGUGCCAAUUUAAUAAAUUGUUAGAAAUGUGUGUUU